CGGGGAGGACUGAGAGAGAGCGAGCAAGAGAGAAGAGGGAGGAGAGGGGGGCUUAAAGAGAGCACGAGAAGGGAGCCGGGGAAGAGGAAAGGAGUCAGAGAGAGAGAAAGCGAACAGAGCGGGACCCGCCCCCCUUUUCGUCUUGCCCCCCCCGCCCCCCGCAGCGAGGGCAGCAGGACCCGGUGGGCGGGCGUGUGGCCCCCGGGCAGCUGGGGGGGUGGGGGGCGGGGUCGGGGAGGGGGGAGGGGGGACAUGGCCGGGGUGCCCAACGGAGUAUCCGCGCCGCCAGCCGGCCCGGGCCCCGGCUUCAGCACCACGGACAGCGCCGGCAGCGGCGGAGGUGGUGGUGGUGGUGGAGGCGGCGGCGGGGGCUCGGGCAGGAUGACCGGGCUCAGUCCUGGGCACGGCCCCGGCCCCGUGAUCCCCAUGAAGGACCACGACGCCAUCAAGCUGUUUGUGGGGCAGAUUCCCCGGAACCUGGACGAGAAGGAUCUCAAGCCCCUGUUUGAGGAGUUCGGCAAAAUCUACGAGCUGACGGUGCUGAAGGACAGGUUCACGGGUGUGCACAAAGGCUGUGCCUUCCUCACAUAUUGCGCCCGGGACUCAGCCCUUAAAGCCCAAAGUGCACUGCAUGAGCAGAAAACCCUGCCAGGGAUGAACCGCCCUAUCCAGGUGAAGCCUGCUGACAGUGAAGGCCGAGGAGAAGACAGGAAGCUCUUCGUGGGGAUGCUGGGGAAGCAGCAGAGCGAGGAGGAUGUCCGGCGGCUGUUUGAGCCUUUUGGCCAGAUUGAGGAGUGUACCAUCCUCCGGGGCCCUGAUGGAACUAGCAAAGGAUGUGCUUUUGUGAAAUUCGGGAGCCAAGCAGAGGCCCAGGCUGCCAUCAACAGCCUUCAUGGCAGCCAGAACAUGCCGGGAGCCUCCUCCAGUCUCGUAGUGAAGUUUGCUGACACAGACAAGGAGCGGACACUAAGGAGGAUGCACCAGAUGGCUGGGCAGCUGGGCAUCUUUCACCCGAUGACUGUACAGUUUGGAGCCUGUGGAGUGUACACACAAGCGAUAAUGCAGCAGCAGGCAGCUCUGAUGGCAGCUCAAGGAACGUGCCUCAACCCCAUGGCAGCCAUUGCCGCCGCCCAGAUGCAGCAGAUGGCUGCCUUCAAUGUCAGUGGCCUCGUCGCCACUCCUGUGACACCCUCAUCAGGUACGAGCACACCACCAGGCAUCAGCACCGGCACUGUCCCCAGCAUUGCUGCUCCCAUUGGGGUGAAUGGAUUCAGUCCCCUCACCCCACACACCAAUGGGCAGCCAACCUCGGACACCCUCUACACCAACGGUAUCCACCCCUACCCAGCUCAGAGCCCCAGUGUGGCAGACCCCCUCCAGCAGGCCUACGCAGGAAUGCAGCACUAUGCAGCAGCAUACCCCGCCGCCUAUGCCCCUGUGAACUCGGCCUUCCCUCCACAGCCCCCAGUCCUGCCUCAGCAGCAGAGAGAAGGCCCUGAAGGCUGUAAUCUCUUCAUCUAUCACCUGCCCCAAGAGUUCGGAGACGCCGAGCUCAUGCAGAUGUUCCUGCCUUUUGGCACUGUCAUCUCUGCCAAAGUCUUUGUAGACCGUGCCACGAACCAGAGCAAAUGCUUUGGGUUCGUUAGCUUUGACAAUCCAGCCAGUGCGCAGACCGCCAUCCAGGCCAUGAAUGGCUUUCAGAUUGGCAUGAAGCGGCUCAAGGUUCAGCUGAAGAGGCCAAAGGAUGCCAAUCGGCCCUACUGAUCCAGCCCUGACUGACUACAGACAGGCUGGAAGCCCUGCCCUGUAUGAAGAGUGUUCCCCUUUUCCCACGUACAGUAUCCAAACUUGUAACUCUCUUUCUUUGCAACAUAUCACGCUGGAGGAAGAGGAGGAAGCUCCUGUCCUGGCUGCACUCAAGAGAGAGAAAGAGAGAGAGGAGAGCGAUUGAGAGAGAGAGUCACCCUGAUUGUGUGGUGGGGUCUUUUUUCUUUUAACUCUGAAUUGAUUUUUGCUUUCUUUCUUACAAACAAACAAACAACCAACAACAAAAACUUGAAGACUGAGAGGCAACAGAACUGGACACAUGGAACCAAGCAAGCCUUCAGGGAGGCCAAUGACCCAAAAGGCCUUGGGUUUCUUUGAGCCAACCAGAGCCGUUGGGAAGAGACAGCUUGGAGCACUUUGCUGCCCAGUGGUGCUGGAGGAGGGUAUGCCAGGACCCGUGAAGCAGGUAUCCUCCUGCCUUAUCUUGCAGGAGGAAACGGAUCUAAACCAAAGCCAGUGAGAGGGGCCAAGGCCAAUGUCUUGCAUUUUGUUUUUGAUUGUUUGGGUUUUUUUUUUUUAAGUGAGUCUUCUCCACAUCUGGGUGGAAAGAAUCAAGAUGCUGAAUGUCUAGAAAGGGAUGAUGAGUAUUAGAUCUAGACCUCAUGAGCGUGGGGAAGGGAGGGAGAGAGGGGCCUGCUGGUCCCCUGGCUUAUUUGCACUCUCCUUACUGGGGAGGCAGAACUUACUUCUUUCAGUCAUAUCAUUCCUUAGAGUUUAGGGACCAAAGGACUAUUGCUUUUUAAAAAUAUAUAUAUCUAUAUAAAUAAAUUAAUUUUCAAAAACAAAACAAAAAGAUAAACAAAACAAGGUCAAGUACAGAAUCUCAGAAAAGCUGCAUUUAAACAAUCACAGAAAAGGGUGGCCCUGAGGAGAAAAGAGUGGAACCUCAUUCCCAGAGGCCUGAGGGGAGCAGGAGAUUUGAAGGGGCCUGGGAAGGAGGAGGCUGAGGGAAACUUUCUGCUGAAUAUUUCAUUCCCUGGUUACCCCUCUCCCUUUCCCUCUCACUUUUUACAUGAAAUAAAGGAGAUUGGACUUGUGUGCAAGUGAUAGAAGAGCUAAUGGUAACAGUGACUCUUCCCCCAAAUGCAGUGUCAACCCCUAAUCCUAGUGACCUCCCAAAGCCCAAUGAGUGGACCCUUUCUAUCUCUAGAGCCCUGGACCCGGAACCCCAGUUCCCUGACUCUUCAGGGCCCUGCUUCAUGUCCCAUGUGAACACAGGCCCAUCUUACUCUAGCUCAGGGGUCCCAAGCUGAGCUAGCCCUCGUUUCUCUCCCUUGGCACUUAUAGCCAGAUUGGCACCAUGGCCUUUAUCCUCUGGGCAGAGGGCAUUGACACAGGCAUAAACACCAGGAGUAAUUCCCUCCUUUAUUAUCUGCUUUGAGCCUUAUAUAUUCCUCUUAGUGCUUCUCCUAUUACCCAGUAAUCUUAUAAAGACUUUAAUCUCACCUAGAGACCACCACCCCUAGCCAAACAUUUUGGGAGAAAGGAAGGACUGGCUGGGGGCAGAGGGAGUGGGGGGGAGGCAGGGAUGGGCCACACUUUAAGUCAACAAACAUUGAUUGAAUGUCUAUUUUGUACAGAGCACUGUCCUAGGCACUGAAGGAGAGGCAAAGAUAAAUCAAACCAAACCCUGAAUUGUCAAAGAGUUAAUCAUCCAGGGAAGGAGGUCCUAACCUAACAGAGCCAGAGGAGAAGAGAAAAAAAAGAGAUUGGGAGAGCUCCCUAAUUAAUCCCCAGCUAGAUUAUCUUCUCUGUAGCUUUCCUCUCCUUCAUCCCCAGCCCAAGUGGUUCAGGUUCAGCUCCCUGACUUUGGAGUCCAGAAAUGUGGCUUUUUACCCCCUUAAUUGAAGAGAAGAAUUUGCUUGGUUGUGGAUCAGUAUGGAAUCUAUCUGGUCAAAGAUGGUUAUCUGUCCAGGUGUGGGAUAGUCCAAGGGAGGGACCUAGCUGGUAACCUCAGUCCCUCAGUCAUCUGCUGCUUUGGUUCACUGAUCAUCUGGGAAUAAAAGUGCAGUGGAUUGGAGAAGGCAUGGGGAUGGAGAAGGAUCUCCCUUAUUCAUUCCCUUCCCACAUAUCUGACAAAGCUUGCUCUUUCUGUGAUUCCAGGUCACCCUCCUUGUGCCCCCCAUGCUCCCCACCCUCAGCUAGUAUAGUGAAAUGAGAUUGAGGCAGCAAGGAGGAUUUCACCAAAAAUACCAGACAAAUAGACCCCAAGCUUUGCUCAGCUUAAAUAAUGCUUUGUUCUUCUGCCCUUCCUCAGAUCAGUCUUGAAGCUAAAUAAGCUUUAAGGUCACUUAGUCUAGCGUCCACCCUUUUUAGGUAAAGAAGCUGAAACUCUAAGACAGGAAGCCCACACCACACCAAUAACAAGGGACAGAGCCAGGAUUCAACCUAGUCUAGCAUCCUUUCCCCGACCAUAUGUUCUCUUCUAGGUCCAAAACCAUUUUUAAAAAAACAUCACAGUCUUCAGCUGGUCAAUGAAGCUCCCUGUCCCAUCCCUUCUGAAUCUAUCACUUCCCCACCUUGGGCUUACCUUGCUCCUGUCAGCUCUCCCCUCUGAGCCUCAAUUUGCCCAUCUGUCAUACAGGCUUCAAAUGUGUGAGAAGAGAUGCACCUCUGGCAAGUAAGGUUCUAUACCAUAUGUUCUGACACAUAAGACAAGGUAAUCUUUAAUAUUUUAGAUUAUUUCAAAAUGGGAGUGCCACAUUACACAGGACCCAUAAGGAAAUGGACGUUUUGCCAAAAUACUUUUUCAUUCCUCUAAAAAAGGCACCUCUCCUAUGCAACAGUGUAUCAUGGGUGCUUCUCUAUGGUGCUUUUAUACAGCGAAUGCAGUAUACAGCUUAUACACAGCAGGUGCCAUCUGUUUGCUUAUAUAUGGCUGUGCCCUGUAUGCUUAAAUGCAGCAGCCACAGUAUACGGCUUAUAGACAGCCUGUGCCAUCUGUCCAUUUAUAUAGAGCAGGUGUAGUCUGCAGCUUAUGUACAGUGAGUGCCAUCUGUCUGCCUAUAUGCAGUGGUGCUGUCUGUCCACUUACAGAAGGGAAACACAGCUUCUAUAUGACAGGUGCUACUAUCUGCUAACAGAGUGGGCGCUUAUAUAGCAGCAUAUUUAGCCUCAGUGCAGCCUCUUACCUAGGCCAGCUUGGAGCUCUCAGACAUUCUUUCUGAACUGUGAGGUUUGCCACACUCUAGCUAGUUCCCCACAAGAAAGGAAGCCCCACAGGAACUGGGUUGCCUAGCCUGAGAGCCCAGAUGUCAGCAGGAUGCUCGAUUCUCUUGAUCCCCAAGUGCUGACAGGGCUGGACAACUGGCAAAGUAGAUAUUGUGCCAAGCCCUGAGAAGCCUGAUUAGAUAAGAGUGACCUUUGGAAGGGAGUGGUCCCCAAGGUUUCCUUCCCCCAUUCUUCCAGGGUGUAAAAGCUAAGGUUUAUUUUCCCUCAUGUAUGGAGUAUGGACCCUGGACUCUUCCUCAAAAAUCUUCCUCCUAUUCUACCUUUCUCUCCCUCUCCCUCUCACCCCCCUCCCUCUCCUUCUCCCCCUCUCUCCCUCUCUCUCUCUCUCUCUCUCUCUCUCUCUCUCUCUCUCUCUCUCUCUCUCUCUCUCUCUUCCUCUGUUUCCCCUAUCUCCCUCUCUCUUCCCUCUCUCUUCCUCUCUCUCCCUCUCUCUCUCCCUCUUCCUCCUCUCCUCCUCCCUCUCUCUUCCUCUUUCUCCCUCUCCUUCUCUCUUCUUCUCUUCUCUUCUCUCUCUCUUCUUCUCUUCUCUUCUCUCUCUCUCUCUCUCUCUCUCUCUCACACACACACACACACCCCUCUAGAUUCUCCAUAAUGCUGGACCCCAGAGCCUUCCUCUAAGUGGAUCAGCCUUUCCUUUCUUUAUCCUAGUCCCUUCCUUCCCACUCUUGUCACUGUUACAGAAAAUGAGAUUUCAGUCAUGACCUCAUUUGGCCAGGUUUGGUUUGGAAUCCUGGGUUAGAUGCACUUGGUUCAAAUGUCCCACAUUUAAAAUUGGGCCCUAAAAUGGGAGAACAGGGUUAGGCAUGUGUCCUGGAGGAAGAAGCAGGGGACUCUCCUUCUUCAACCCAAGGAUUAUUUAGGAAGGAUGUACAGAACCACAGAAUCUCCAAUCUCUUUCAUAAUCAUUUUUUAAAACUUUUUUCUCCUUUUCCCUGCACUGCUAUCAUGAUUCUCCUGGAACUGCUGUCAUGAUUCUGGGAACAGCAGGAAAUCAUUGAAAAAUUAAAGCUGGAAUAGAAUUAGGGAAAGUAAAGGACAAUGCACUUGAGCAUACUAUAGAUAAAAUUAGACACAUUGAAUCGUGUUCCCCCUUUACCCUUUUCCACCCCAAAAUCUCUUCUCCAAGCUAAAUAUCCAAAAAAUCAUUCAACCAUUCCUCCUAUAAAUUAAUUUUGAGUUCCUUUGCCAAGUCAACCUCCUCUUUGUUUUUUUUUUAAUUUUUAAAAUUUAAUUAGAUGAUUUAGAAUAAUUUUAUAUGGUUACAAGACUCAUGUUCCUUCCCUCCCCUCCUCCCAACCCCCUCCGAUAUGUGAUGCACAAUUCCACUGGGUUUAACAUGUGCCAUCGAUCAACACCCAUUUCCUUAUCAACCUCCUCUUUGUUGACAUCCUUAUUAAAAUGUAAAGCCUAUAACUAAACAUAAUACUCCAGAUUUGGUCUGACCAGCAUAGAGUACACAGAAAUCAUUAUUUCUCUUCUCAAUAUAAGACAAUCCGAAUAUGAAUGCAACCUAAGAUCACUCUAGCUUUUUUCUUUUGGCAGCCAUUGCUGACAUAUUGAAUUCAUAGUCCAUGCAAAGCCCCUAUCAUGUCCCACCUGGUCCAUGCAAAUGAGACCAGGUGGCCAGGGAUGAAUCCAUGCAUGAUAAAUGGAAUAGAGCUUAUUCUAGCUACCAUCUUCUCUUUUAGCUUCAUCUCUUGUCUAAGAAUGAGAUAUUUGUCUGCUAAGCACUAGAGUGUGUCCCAGUCUGGGGCAAAAGUAGAAGACAAUAUUAAAAAUACAACCUUGUUAGCCAUCUAAACAAAAUGCAUCAGUCUUGGGCAGAAGUACAAAGGAGUAAUUAAUAGCAUAAAUAAACCAGACCAUUAGAAAUAUUUGAGUUAAUAAGGUCUUAGUAAGGUCCACUUUUUUUUUAUUAUCCCAGGCCCAAGGAUUGGCCAUGUUCUUCAGUCUACCUAAAAAAUCAUAACUCUUUGUUCUCUGGUAACUCAUGCCUCAAUUCAUUUUCACAUGAACUGCUAGCCAUGUCUCCCCCUCCCUCCUUACUAAAAACAGACCCUAACGUGCAGGACUUUGCAUUAAUACCAACAAAUGUAAUCUUCAUUUUGGCCCAACAUUCUAGACUUUUGCACAUGAUUCUGUCAUACAUUGUUUGGUUCAUUUCAUCUGAAAACUUGAGAAAAAUGCCUUCUAGGUAUUCAGUCAGGUCAUGAGUAAGUGUCAAAAUGACAGAAGACCAGCUCUUUAAGACGUUUUUGCAGAUUGAUACCGAUCCAUUGACCAACAAUUUUGGCUAUGGUUGUUCAAUCAGCUGGAAAUCUACCUAAAAGUGCAAACUGUACACAAAUAUAUCUCAAAAAACUUUGUCAGAUGCCUUGCUGAAAUACAGAUGCACUAUGCUGAUGGUAUUUCCCUACUUAUAUCAGUCUAAUAACUGUUUAAAAAAAAGGAAAUUAUUAGUUUGUUCUUAGUGAAUCAAUGCUGACUCCUGGUGAUCACUGCUAGGUUGUCAAAGUGCUCAUAAAUCAUCUAUUUACAAUCCAUUCUAGAAUUUUGCCAUUGAUUGAUGUCCAAAGGAAGGGUACAAUUUACACGGACCAAAUUGCCUGCAUACAUAUAUGGAGGCACACAGACCAUUAAGCCACCAUAUUCAGGGAGCCACUGUGUGACUUCAGGGACCAGAAAGGCAGUCUACUUGCCCCCCCCAAAAAAAAAUACCACCCUCAGCUUUGCUCCAAUAGUUUAUUUUUGUGAUCCUGUUAAAAUGGGAGUCCCCAAGGAAAGUUAAAUGGAUGGGAGAGGGCAGACCAGACUUUAAGUUGUUUUCAAUCAUUUACUCCUGACUGUGAAUGAAUUUAACAGAUCCUUUCCAGAUUAGGAAGUAGGGUAACAACCAGAGGAAACUAGUUGCUGAGGGAGAUAAGGAAGAAGAAGAACCACCUGAAGAUAAAGAAUACAAAUUCCAAUGACUUCACAAUUCACAAUUUUACCUUGGGUCAGCCCUGACAUGUAAGGGUACACAAUGAUAGCAUACAAAAACAAAAAUACACAGAGAUGCACACACCAAGCCUUGGCUUCCCCCAAGUGUGCUGAACUAACUAAGAAAAUUUGAGACCCAUCUGCUUGGGGAAUCUGUAAAGUCAUAUAGCUUUCCUUCCAUUACUGCUGAUCAAUAGGAGACACAAACCAACCACCCCUGCCCUUAUCUCCCAGCUCAGCCUAACCCAGUCCAUCAGAGGAAUCCAGAUUAGAGACAAAAAGGGUAGGACAUUCCAACCUUGGAGUCCCUACCCCUCUCCCUUGGAAUUCCUAUUCCUGGCCCCAGAAAGAAAGGAAGAUAAGGGUGCCCCAAGGAAUCAAGGUCUCUGGUAUCUGCCUCCAGGAAUGGCAGCUGGAUCCCCAAUCUCAAGGGACUUUUGCAAACACCAACAAGCUUUCCCUGGGUUUGCUGGACAGCCUAGGGGAGGAAGGUGAAGGGAAAGGCAGGGAUCCAAAUUAUCCUGUUGGAUUUACCCUUUCUUUUAUGAGAAAACUAAAAUCAACAACUCCAUUUUCCUUGGAAGCUAAGCGAUCCAAAAGGAAUUUAGAUCUGUUUUAUUGGUAGGAGAGGGGGAAAGGGUUGCCUGUCCUCACUGCUCCUUCACCAUUGAGAUGAGGGAAAUAAGGAGAAGAGGAACUGCUUGUCCAACAACUAGGAAGUAAGCUGGAUAGGACUCAAAUCUGAGAUUCCAUCUUUUAUCUUUUAUGCUGGGUCCGAAUUCAUUUUGGAAAUAAAAUCUCAAAACUCA